CAAUUAUCCUGAUGAUUGGAGCUAUGAUGAGAUGUGGAGAAUGUUCCUAAGAUAUGGCAGGGUCUAUGACAUCUAUGCACCAAACAGAAAGAGCAAGAAUGGGAGCAUAUUCGGCUUCGUGAGAUUUCUGGGUGUGAAAGAUAAGAAGGAAUUGGAAAGAAAUCUGGAUCAGAUCUGGGUAGGAGGGUGGAAGUUAUGGGUGAAUAGACCAAGGUAUGAUGAGGAGAAGAAGGAAGUAGGGGAGAAAAAAAGCAGUAAAGGAACGGUGACAGUGGUUCAAAACAGAAGCUUCGCAAAGGUGGUGAAAGGAAUACAAGGAAGUAAUGCUGAUGAGGAACAGAGCAAACAGAGCGAGGCUGGCCGAAGUAGGAUUGCUAGCAAUUGGCAACCGGCAACCAGGGGAGUAUGGAAAGAAAGAGGAAUGGGGAAAAAUUGGGCAGGCACGGAGUAUAAUGUCAAACCUGAGGAGUAUGAAUGGCUUGAUGGCUGUUACAUCGGAAUAGUGCACUCUGUGGAGAUGGUUCAUAAUUUACAAGAAAAAUUUUACAUGGAAGGGUAUUUUUCUUGUCAAAUUCAGGCAAUGGGAGGCAAAAUGGUUCUGUUAUUAGGUGAAGAUAAAGAGGAAUUGAAGGACUUGGUUGAAAUGGCAUCAGAUUGGCUGAGGCAAUGGUUUGCGGAGGUGCAACCAUGGACACCAAAAAUGAUUGCAAAUGAGAGAUUUGUAUGGAUAAGGUGUCAAGGGGUACCAUUGAAUGCUUGGGGAACUGAUUUCUUUUCAACCAUGAGCUGUUUAAGGGGAAAGUUUAUUUGCUUGGAUGAUAGCACAAGCAAAAAGAAAAGGUUUGACAUUGCAAGAUUUCUUAUCUCGACUCCAAUCAUGGAGACAAUCAUAGUCACAAGGCAAAUUAAAAUUAAUGGAGAUAUUUACCAAGUGAAGUUUUCAGAGGAAGAAUUUACUAACAGUUUUUUUUCUCUGAAGGAAUAUUUUAUGCCAUCAUUUCAUAGUGAAUUAGAGGACCAUGAAACAUGGUCUACUGGAAGUGAUUCGGAGAUACAGGCUUUAGAAAAUGGAUGGAUGAAGGAGGAUGUUCAAACUGGGGAUCCAAGGGUAGAAGAUGAUGACGUAUCUGUUCGCAUGAAAGAGAAAGAAAAAAGACAGUCAGUAGAUGUCAGUGGGGAAGGAGGAGAGCAAGUAGAAACAGGAGGAGUUACUAGGGACAAAAUUCAAAUUUUGAAUUUAGUUGAUGACAGUACAAGGACAGGCGUGGAAUCAAAGAGGCAGGAGGUACAUGGAGAAAGAGUAGAAAGACGUAAUGAAGAAGAAGAUGAAGACAUGUUCUGGAAGGGCUAUGAAGCUGAAAGGGGACGCAUAGAUGAAUGGAUCGGCAACCAGAUAGGGGAAAUUAAAUCAAAAAGGGGAAGAAGGAGGGUUAGAUGGUGUAGCUCAGUGUACCAAGAAUUAGAUGCUGGGGACGUAGUGGAGAAAAGUAGAAAAGAAAGAAGGAAGCAGAGUACGCAACAGAGGGAGGGAAAGCCAACACCAACUUUCAUGCCGAACUUGAAUGGAAAAAUAGCUAUGGACUCAAUAGGAGAUAGCGACAUACAGAAUUACAACAAAAUUCUUAAAAAACAACGAAGCUUGUGGGGGACAGAGGAUUUGGACUGGGUUGCAAAGGCUUCUAUUGGGAAAUCAGGUGGAUUGCUCUAUGUUUGGGAUCCAAGAGUACUAAAGAGGAAGGAGACUAUAGAGGGUGAGAAUUUUAUUGGGGUGUAUGGAUUGUGGGGAAGGGAGGAGACACCUGUAUACAUAGUAAAUAUAUACUCCCUGUGCCAAAUCACAAACAAAAGAGCCUUGUGGGAGGAGUUGCAGAGAUUAAUUGAUAGCAGGAGGGGGAAGUGGUGCUUAACAGGGGAUUUUAAUGUUGUGAGAAGAGCUAAUGAACGAGCAAGGUGUAAGAUGACAUCUACUGAAAUGAGGGGAUUUGAUGCUUUUAUUCAUAAUUCUGAAUUGAUUGACUUGCCUCUAGUGGGGAGGAAAUACACUUGGUAUAACUCAAAUGGUCAAUACAUGAGUAGGAUUGAUAGAUUUUUAUUAUUAGAGGAAUGGAUGGCAAAAUGGAGCAAUGUGAAACAAUGGGGACUGAAGAGAAGAAUCUUGGAGAAGACCAAAGCUAGAUGGGAUGGGAUAAGCUUUAAGCAAAUAUCACAGACUGAUAAUGAGAUCCUCACAGCGGCUUUCUCGAAACAGGAAAUUAAAGAAGCAAUAUGGAAUUAUGACUCAUCCAAAUCUCCAGGGCUGGAUGGAUUCAAUUUCAGAUUUAUAAAGACGAUGUGGGAGGUCAUAAAAUCUGAUGUGGUCAACUUUGUACAGGAAUUCCAAGAACAUGGCAGGCUGGUCAGAGGGUCAAACGCUUCUUUCAUUGUGCUAAUCCCGAAGACAGAAAAUCCCCAAGGAAUUGAGGAAUAUAGACCCAUCUCGCUCAUUGGAAUUAUGUACAAAAUCAUUGCAAAAUUACUAGCAAACCGAUUGCGAAAGCUGUUACCCAAGGUGAUCGGAGAACAGCAGAUGGCUUUCCUUGAGGGAAGACAACUAGCAGAGGGAGUAGUGAUUGCAAAUGAGGUUAUCGAUGAAGUCAAAAGGAAGAAGAUGAAGAGCUUUCUAUUUAAAGUCGACUUUGAGAAAGUUUAUGAUAAGAGAAUAACAGUAGAUAAGUACGAAAAGGGAAGGGGAUGUUGGCAAGAUUGGAUUGCUAAAAAUAGUGGAGUAGGAUCAACAUGGUGGAGGGAUGUGAGCGCUAUCAACACAAUGGAUAGGGAGAACAAUGGCUGGUUGAAGGAGGGUUUUAAGAUUAAUAUCGGGGAGGGGAGAACUGUGAGUUUUUGGUGGGAUAAUUGGGGGGGAAAGGGCUGCCUCGCUAACAAAUUUCUUAGAUUAUAUCUAUUAUCAACAGGAAAAAAUAAUACAUGCAGCGAAAUGGGAAGCAAAAGCAAUGGAGCAUGGGAAUGGAAUCUGCGGUGGAGGAGAAAUUUGUUUGAGUGGGAAGCGAAAGAGGCCAUGGAACUUCAGAGCAAGAUAAGAGACGUGAAGACCUCACAAGGAAGCCCAGAUAGAUGGGAGUUGAUUCAUGACAAAGAUGGCCAAUACACAACAAAAUCAGCAAAUAGACUUUUAACAAAAGAAGAGAGUGAAGCAAACAGAAGUACAACAUUCACAAGGGUCUGGAACUCCAUCCUACCAAGCAAAAUAUUGGCUUUCAACUGGCAAUUACUACUAGACAGAAUACCAACCAAAAUGAAUCUGCUGAGAAGAGGGAUCAUUAAGGACACGGGAGAAGGCAAAUGUGGAAUAUGCAAUGAAGAAGAGGAAGACACAACACACAUGUUUUUAAAAUGCAAGAUGGCUCGAUGGUUAUGGAUGGCUUGUGCAAAGUGGUGGGGGAUUAAUGUCACAUUAGAAGAGGACUGCUGGAACACUCUCCAGAAUUUCAAAAGAGAACCGAAAGAGACAAGCUGAAAAGAUGGAUGGGAUUGCAUUUGGAAUUCCUUGGUGUGGUCGGUGUGGCUGGCCCGAAAUCAAAAGCUAUUCCAAGGCAAAAAGGUUGAUGCGAGAAAGUUAUUUGAGCUCAUCUAGCUGAGAUCCUUCUUUUGGGUUAAAGCAAAAAAUGACAGGUAUGCUUUUAAUCUUGUAAACUGGUUAAUGAAUCCAGUUGCAUGCU